AUGUGGGUUUCGGUGGCCUGCGUUCUGCUGCAACAAUCGCCUACACGAUCUCUGAAAUCCGUGGAAUUAGCGAAUAAUAUCCGAGAUAACUUAGGGAGUAACAUUCUUGUUUUUGUACGAAAUCAUUUUUCCGGCCUUCUUUGUCUCUACGAACAAUAUCCACAGCUUUUCUCCGUUUCUCGCAUCCCCAAAAACGAUAAGGUGUUUCUCGUUUGUGAAAAGAUCCCCGACUUUCCUGAUCGAAUUAAAUCUCUCCACUUGCAGAAACAUUCGCGUUGUCUGCACGUGGGGAAUCUGGACCCUCAUCUCACCGAGGAGGACGUCCGGAGAGAGUUCAGUGCUUAUGGAGAUGUUAAGGGAGUGCGAAUUGUCACGCAAGGAGAUCGUCAUUACGGCUUCGUGUACUUUAAUUCGGUCGAUACCGCCGAAAAAGUGCGGUCGAUCCUGUUGGAAAAACCGGAGUGGAAGGGAAACAUUGCUUUUGCGAGGAAGAAAAAGUCAGGUCGAUCGCAUGCGAAGCGGGGAUCGGCAGAUUGA